AUGUGGAAGAACGUCGGCAGCAUCAGCGCUGCAGGUCGCGCCGGUACGGCACAGCCUGGCGAAGAUGAGAAAAGGAGUAUGGAAGUAGAAACCGAUCACGACCCGCCUCCUGCAACUCUCUCCUCUCUCGUCUACGCACGCGCACUCAUGUAUUCUGAGUCAGACUCUCUUCAUACACUGCUUUUCAACCACUCGUUAUCUUCUCUGAUCAGCUGGUACUCCUGA